UGGCAAAUGGAGAACCACACCUACCCUAAGAACAUGUUCCUCCUGGAGGGGUUAAAGGUCACUCAACAGUCCUCCUACCCUGCCUUCAUCCUUCUCCUUAUCAUCUACAUCUUCACGAUGGUGUCCAACAUCGGCCUCAUACUACUGAUCUCCAUGGAGAGGAGCCUGCACCAGCCCAUGUACAUCCUCUUCUGCAACCUACCUCUCAAUAACGCUCUUGGAGCCACGGUUAUCGUCCCUCGUUUGCUGAGUGACAUAUUCGUGGCAAGCACAGACCGCUACAUUAACGACGUUGCGUGUGCCGUCCAAGCAUUUUGCGACCACAUGUUUGGCACAACAUCACAUACAAUACUGAUUAUCAUGGCCUUUGAUAGAUAUGUGGCCAUCUGCAACCCCCUGCGAUACGCCACCAUCAUGACCAAAAGGAUGAUUGCAAAACUGACUGCUUUUGCCUGGGGGUCUGCCUUUCUGCUUGUGGGGGUCCUCCUGGGCCUCACACUCAGCCUGUCACGAUGCAGAUCUGAAAUCUUCAACCCCUUCUGUGACAAUGCCUCGUUAUUCAAGCUCUCCUGUGAAAGCAUUAUUAUUAACAAUAUCUAUGGACUCACUUUUACCGUCCUACUCCUGGGGUCCUCCAUAGGGAGUGUGACACUAACAUACCUUAAAACCUCUACCGCCACCUGCUCGUUUUCUUUGCCAUAUGUGGUUGCUGAGUUCCCAUGGAACCUGGGGAAGAGAUGCUCCUGCACAAAGUUGUAA